GCCCCCUCAGCGCUCGAAAUCCGCCCUGCGCGCGCUUUUCUGUUUCGCCCGGCUGUUGCCUCACGCGCCCUUUUUCUCUGACAGCCCGCCCGCCUUCCUUCUUUUCUUCCUGGCUCCUUCCUGAAGACCCUUCCUUAGGGAAGGCCGGGCGGCUGGCGGGGAGAAUGGCCGUGGCUGCUUCCUCCGCCGACGGCGACGUCCAGCCAUGCAAAAAACAAAAAGAAGAUGAUCCUUCUAUGAAAUCAAUUACUAAAUAUUUUCCGCCAUUAGGAAAAAAUGUUCAUAGUGUGGCGUCACCACCAAAACCCAACAAUAUAAUGGAUUAUUUUAAAAAAAGCUCUCCUACAAAUGAGAAGAUUGUUUCGCCUGUAACAGAGAAAGAAAGCAAAACAACUUGUUUAUCUUUGGAAACCUCUUCCAAGUCUUCAUCAAGGCUUAAGAGAAGGGGAAAGAGAUGUCGUUUAAUGAAUACAUUAAAUGAUGUGAAAACCUCUGAUUUUCUGAUAGAAUUUAAUAGUGACAAUAAUAUAGACAUACUCAGUUCAGAGGAAAAGGAUUCUAAAACUAGUCCCAUUAGUCCAAGUAUUCCUACGUUGCUUGAUCUCACAAAUACAGAAGAAACAUUCAAUGCUUGCAGCAAAAAUCCUUCCAACAUUUUUAGCUUCAAAAAUCAAGAAAGAAAAAUCAAGACGGAGGGAGAUGUAAUAAAGAGUAAUGUGAAAACGUCAAAGAAAAGGAAACAUAAGGAUGAGAGUGACUCAUCUGAAUGUUUUGUCACUGAAACACAACAGAAGGACCUAUCUAAAAUAGCUGAUGAUAAACAAGUUGCAUCUAUACGUGAAUGUGAUAAAAGCCCAUUAGUAAAAAUUCAAGCUCAUGACACUAGUGCACAUGAGACACCUCAUUUAAACGACAAUACUGUGACAGUUUCAUUUGAAGACUUUCUAAAAAGUCAAGGAGAAAAUGAAGAUCAUAUUCCAAAAACACAGACAUCAGAUGAUCCCAUUGCAUGUGAUGAAGCAGUCAGCUGCCAAGAUGUUCAGGAGUUAUCACUUAAGAAGGUCACCGUCCUUGCACAAAUCCAUUCUGUCCCCCCAAAAUCUCUCUCUUCUCAGAAAAUAGCCUCUAUAUUUUUAAAGCAGAAAAGCAAAAAAGCUAAAAGACAAAGCACUCUACCCGCUUCGGAGGGAGAGGGUACUGAACAAAUGACUCUGAAAAGGAAAUCUAAUGUUGUGAUAGGAGAAGAAGAGUUAGAAUUGGCUAUACUUGAAACUUCAGGUUCAGAGGGUGUGAAGUCUAAAUGCACUGCAGAAGAAAGGUAUCAGUUUAUGAAAGCAUUUAAACAACCAGAAUCUGAAGCAAUCAAAACAGCAGCUAAAAAAGGAACCAGUAAACAAAAGGAAGUAGAAGAAACAUCAUCAAAACACAAACUGGAAAUGGAAGAAUGUGAGGAUGCUUUUAAUAAAAGGCUAGAAAAUGAAUCAUCCGUUUUUAAUGCUAAUAUUAACUUCCAUGAUAAAGAUAGCAGGAGUGACAUUCACAGAGUAAAAGCCAACAAACUCAGGAGAAAAAAUAAGGUACUGAAAACAAAGGGAGAAGUUUUAGAUAUGAAUUCAAACCAGAAAAGUGAAGCUUGUAGUCAAAUUAAAGCUGGGACAUCAAUUGAUGCACAAAAUAAACUACCUCAGAAAAAUAAUGGGUUGAGAAGAAGUCCACGACAAAAGAAAGACACUAAUUCCAUACUUUGUACACCAGAAAAAGCAGGAAUUGCAGAGGCUCUUACAGAAAACACAUCACCUGCCAUCCCUCUGCAGGCUUCAACACCAAAAACAAACAAUGACAUGUUUGAUAAAAGUGAUUUAUAUAAAGCUGAGGUGAUUACUGAACCUUUUGAUUCAAAGAGCCCAAUAAGGAUGAAAUUCACCAGAAUUAGUGUAACUGAACGAUGUAUGCAACAGAGUAUAAAGAUGAACACCACUUCUAGCAACAUAACCAAAGCAAAGAAAUUAGUUGAGAAAGCAAAGGUUCUACAACAUCACAGAAAAACCAGGACUGUUGAAGAUAUAUUACAUACACCUUUGAGGCGUUCAACUAGACAGCAGGCUAUUGCUGAUAGGAAAAGGUCACACAACUUGGAAGAUUCAGUGAUUGAUCUAGAUUUAUGCACAAACAUUACCUCUACUGUUGUGGGAAGUGUAGACAGAAAAAAGAAACAUCGAAACCUGAAUGAUGUAUUGGGGAAAAAAGCUAGAAAUGUGAAGGCAACAAAAAAAUCAAGCGGGAAAGAAAAAAUGUCUUCCUUAGUAAGGAAAAAAAUCAAGAGGCCUAUGGAUGAAACAAUUGCCAUAUUAGAUGAAAGCAGUGAAGAUGAUUCUGAAAAUUCUCAAGAUGAUAAGCAAUUCAGAGCAAAACGCAACUUUUUAAUGAGUGGCUUGCCAGAAUCUUUAAAAAGGCAAAUUGCAAAGAAAGCAGCAGCACUGGAAGCGUGUUCCUUGGCUAAUUCCUGUUUUCAAACAGUUGUUCAUGUGCAGCAGAAGGAUGAGGGACGUUUGAUGUGGAGAUUGGCGUUGCCUUCAUGCCCUCUUUUAACUAACUUACGAGAAGUGUAUUUGGAUGUAGCUGAUGUCACAAAACUCACUUUUUCACUUGGUGAUUUUUCAAUUUUAAAUACACAGCCUCACAACACCAAGUUUCCAACUGCUUUGUUAUCUGGAUGGCGACCAGCUCUUACCGAUGCACAAAAAAACUAUUUGCUGGAGGAGAUUCAGUUUUUCAACACUCAUUUUCCUGUGAAACAAUUUUUUGAUUUAAUGAUGAAAAAACAAGCUGCUUCUGAUAAUAAUAAGCAAGUGAACAAAUGUGAAGCUGUGAGUUCUGACACAAAUAUAAAAAGUGAUAAUCGGAGAGAAGCCAAAAGAAAACGAAAAACUGAAGAUCGCAAAUCCAAAAGAAGGAAACCAAUAGAAAAAACAGAGGCUGAUUUGCCAAAUAAUGUUUGCAAAGUAUCAAAUGUGAAGCAGGCUGGAAUGGAAAAUACAAUCCACAUAAUAGACACACACGAAGAAUCUGAAAUUAUAACUAUAGAAGAUUCUGACUCUGGAUCAGAAAUUCGUCCUGCUUCUGAUUUUACACACGAAGACACUCUCUGGACAGAAAAAUAUCAGCCACAGAACUCCAGUGAACUUAUAGGCAAUACUGUAGCAAUUAAAAAGCUCCACAGAUGGCUCUGUGAAUGGAAAAGAAGAGUUGACUGGGAGGAAAACAGAACUCAAAAAGAAGAGGAUGGCACUCACCAGGAAUCCUCAGAUAUUGUGGAUUUCCAAGAUGACAGAUCGGACAGUGAGGAUGAGGCUGUACUAUGCAAUACUAUGUUACUUAUUGGUCCCCCAGGCAUAGGCAAAACUGCAGCAGUUUAUGCUUGUGCACAGGAGCUUGGCUUCAAGAUAUUUGAAGUUAACGCUUCUUGCCAGCGUAGCGGAAGGCAAAUUCUCUCUCAUCUGAAGGAAGCAACUCAGUCUCAUCAGGUAGACAAGCAAGGUGUCCAUGCUCAUAAGGCAGCCUUCUUCAAUAGCUAUAGUACCAGCAAAUCACCAAAAAAAGGUUCUCCCAGAAAAGAGUGGUCUCCAAGGAAACUUACCAUUUCACCCAGAAAAGGUGGAUUAAAACAAGGAUUGGCUCCCAGAACACUAGCAAACUAUUUCAAAAUUUCUUCCAAGUCUCAGAAUAAAGAAGAAAAAAAGGCACAAGGAGACAACAAAGAAAAUAAGAAAAUCUUACCAGGAGAAAAUACACAAGUAAAAUCAGUUAAAAGGGAGGCCAAAGAAGAAGAAUCAAGUAAAAAAUGUGCAACUUCACUUAUCCUCUUUGAAGAGGUUGAUAUAAUAUUUGAUGAAGAUGUUGGAUUUCUAAAUGCAAUAAAGACUUUCAUGACAACUACCAAGAGGCCUGUCAUUCUUACUACUAAUGAUCCAUCAUUUAGUUUAAUAUUUGAUGGCUGCUUUGAAGAAAUCACCUUUACAGCACCUUCUUUGAUAAAUGUUGCUAGCUACCUUCAAGUUCUCUGCUUGGCUGAGAACCUAAGAACAGAUAUAAAAGAUUUUACUGCCUUGUUGACUUCAAAUAAUUGUGACAUCAGACAAAGUGUCUUACACUUACAAUUCUGGGUUAAGAGUGGUGGUGGCUAUUUGAAAGAAAAAAGAAUGGCAACACAUGGGAAAGAGGCAAGUGACACAGAACAGGGUGCUUCCGUCAAAGAACCAACCAAGAUCCCGAAAUAUGACACUGGCUGCAUUGAGAACUUGCUUGGCCUCACAAACAUCUUCUUGCCUUCAGAAGAUCUGCUUUCAUUUCUUAAGCAUGAAAUCACAACAAAAGAAGAAUGGAAUAAACUGAUACAUCUGCUCACAGAAUUCCAGAGAAAGGAUAUAGAUUUUAUUUAUAACAAUCUUGAAAACAUUCUUCCUUUACCUGUCAACAUAUUUCCAGAAACAAUGCUUGUGCCUCCUCUUUCAUGUGAGAACUUUACAAAAAACACUUCCAAUAACAGACCCAUUGACAGUCAGAGUUUGGGGGAAACUAGUCCUGUGGAAAAGGCUAAGCAGACAAAGCGCCGGAAGAAAAAUGUUAUAUUGGAUGAUAGCGAUUUAUUUGAGAGUGAGCUGAACUAUUCUGGAUUCAUUACUGUGCCAUCUGACACAACUACUUCAUGCUUAGAAGAAAACCCCAAAUUCAAAAGCGCAGCAGCCCUGAAUGAUCAAACAAUAGCAAAACCAAAAGGCUCUGCCCUUACAUUCCAAUGCCUGGGUUCACUAACUGAAUUUGUGGACAAUAUGUCCUUUUCUGACUGUUGUUUCAGCAGGAGGACUCAGGAAUCCACACAGUCAUGUAAAUAUGAGGAAUUUAUUUGGACAAAAGGAAAAAUCAAAAAUGGUCUAUCUGAUGAGUUUAGUCUGGAGGAUACUGAUUGGUGGCGCUCCCAGAGCUCCAUUGAACUGAAAGCAACCAUGGAGGCACUAAAUUUUAACAAAUGCCUUAAGAAUGUUUCAAAAAUAAUGGAAAAUGCAUUGAACACUGCUAGAACUUGUGGAAAGAAUGAUUCUGAAGAACUUUCCCUGCAUUUUUCAAAAGACCAGUCCAAUUUAUACUUUGGCCAAUCAGCAGCUAAUUCAAGAAUUCAUGAUAAUGCACAGAAAAGGUUAGAAUUAAUCAAAACUGUAUUUUCUGGCAGAACUCAAUUCAAUUUUAGUAAUAGACAGGCAAGUGUGAUGGAAUACUUGCCUACUCUUCGCACCAUUUGCAAGUCGGAGAAACAGAAAGAACAAGGGAAAACAAAAAGAAGGUUUCUGCACUACCUUGAAGGAAUUCAUCUUACCAAAGAAAUUUUGACUAGUCUAACAGCAGACUUUCCUUAACUCUUAAUAGUGAUUUUGUAUAUGUAUAAAUCAUUACUGUAUAUUCAAAGUGUUUGUUUAUAUUUUGAAUUUUUUAAGUAUUUAAAAAAACCGAUUGUAUAUAUCUUCUGUCAAGGUGCUUUUCAUAUUUCAGUAGUGCCAGAAUCUUACACAGUCUGAUCUUUGAAACACAUCCAGCCUGUUAUUUGGACAACUGGACUGACCUUUUUUAGGAAAUUGAGUUAUCAGGUUGUUGCCACUAAUAAAUCUAUAUAUUCAACAAUAUUGUUUAAAAUUACAGCUCCAAUUUCCACCUUCAUGUGGUCCUUUUUACGAGAAUACUUGAACUGCAAAACUGCUUUAUGGUUCUGUGAAUGAGUAUACAAACAUUUCAGCAUGUCCAGGCAAUAGAAACAGUUUUGCAAGUGCUUCUUUUUAUUACGAACAGUACUUUGGGGUAUUUUAAGAGUAUUUAAAUCCAACCCUGUAUCUUUUAUACCAUUUUUUUCCCUACUGCUUCUCUUGGCCAAGUUCGUUUUUGUAUCUGCAAUGAAAUAAUAAAUGGAAUAGAUUUUUUCA